CGCGCAGUCCCCGGAUGUUAGCUAUUCAGAGAGAAAGACGAACGAGCGAGAGAGAGAGGCGGAGAAGCUAGGAGACGCCACGGACAAACCGGUAAAGGGAUUGCGGGUCUCAAACCCACGAUAAACACGGAGCGCUGAGGCUCGUUUCGAGGAGAGAGAGGGAGCUGUGAUCGAAAAAAGGAAGGGGAGGGGACGGCUAACUUUGACAGACCUGCACUGGCCUCCAGUAGCGGACGCGAGCCCGGGUUUCGUUUUUGAGUGACGCCGACAAAAACAGUGAUCUGAGGGAGCCUCUGCGUCGUCGCCGCACCGGAUCGUCACCCCUCCUUUGCCGCCGCCACUCGACCUGCCACCAUGACGUCGGAGCUGGAGAGCAGCUUGACCUCCAUGGACUGGCUGCCGCAGCUGACCAUGCGGGCGGCCAUUCAGAAAGCGGACGCCCAGAACGCUCACGGGCCGGGCAUGGCUAAGAAGAGUGCCCUGCUGGACCCCAACACCACACUGGACCAGGAAGAGGUGCAGCAGCACAAGGACGGCAAACCGCCGUACAGCUACGCUAGCCUCAUCACGUUUGCCAUCAACAGCUCGCCAAAGAAGAAAAUGACACUGAGCGAGAUCUACCAGUGGAUCUGUGACAAUUUCCCCUAUUACAGGGAAGCCGGCAGCGGGUGGAAGAACUCAAUACGGCACAAUCUCUCGUUGAACAAGUGUUUUCUCAAAGUGCCUCGCUCUAAAGAUGACCCAGGAAAGGGUUCGUACUGGGCAAUCGACACAAAUCCAAAGGAGGACACACUGCCCACACGACCCAAGAAGAGGCCACGGUCUGGAGAGCGGGCGUCCACGCCGUACAGCCUGGAGUCGGAUAACUUGGGAAUGGACUGCAUCAUCUCUGGAAGUGCCUCUCCAACGCUGGCAAUCAACACUGUGACUAACAAGGUGGCAUUGUACAACCCUGACCAGGACGGGAGUGACAGCCCUCGAAGCAGCCUUAACAAUAGCCUCUCUGACCAGAGUCUGGCCUCUGUUAAUCUCAACAGCGUGGGCAGCGUGCACAGCUACACACCAGUGACGAGUCAUCCAGAGUCGGUGUCCCAGUCCAUGAGCUUGCAGCAGGCCCCUCAGGCCCAGUACAGCAUACCGGAACGCGACAAGCAGCUGCUCUUCUCUGACUUUGAAGAUCUCAGUGCCUCCUUCCGCAGCCUUUACAAGACUGUGUUUGAGCAGUCCUACAACCAACAGGGUCUGAUGGGUAUGCCCUCGGAGUCGUCCCAGCAGACCCACACCUCCUGCUCCUACCAACACUCCCCCAGCAGCACCAUCAGCACCCACCCUCACAACAACCAGAACAGCAUCACUAACUCUCACCCCAACAACAUCCCCAACAGUGGUAGCCAGGUGCCUCUCUCCCACCCCCCUCACUCGGCCCACAACUCGCCCCACGGACAGCACCUCUCCCAGCAUGGCCCUCACACCCAGCACAGCCAGCACCCACACACGGCGCAUAGCCAGCACAGCCAGCACAGCCAACAUCCCGCACGGCAGCAUCCCUCCCAGCACCAGGCCCACGGCCAGCACACACCGCAGCAGCAGCACCAGAAUCUCUCCCACCAGCCUCAUCCUGCCCAGCAACAGAUGCAGUGCAACACCGGUCUUCCCAGUGACUGGUACCCCAACCUGGAUGCGCUAAAAGAAAGCUGCCGCAUCGCCAGCAGCUACAACUGGGCUGAUGUUGAUCUAUCACCCUUCCAAGGUUUGAAAGAGAGCAUGAGGCAGGCGGAGCUGAAUAACUGGUCUCUCGAGCCCACUCAGAUGGCAGACCUCUGCUCCUCCAUCAAUCAGUUCUUUGCUCGCACUGGAAUCCAGCCACAAGGGGCAGUGCAACCUCCAGUGUGCCACGGCUCCAUGCAUCCAAAGCCCAACCCACACAUCAACACAGGAAACAUGUACAUGGACACAAGACAGAGCUUGAGUUCAAUGAUGGGUCCGCCGGGAUAUCCUCAUAUGCCACCCAUGAGCAGCGCUGGCCCCACUAUGACAGGCCAUCACGCUCAGAUGAACCAACAGCAUAUGAUGCCUGCUGGAAACUUCCAGAUACGCCGCAUGCCUGCCGACGACAUCCAGGACGACUUCGACUGGGACUCCAUCGUCUAACCCAGUCCCCGAGAGCGAGAGUGGUGCAGACAAAACGAGAGCGGAGCGUAUGGAGGCAGAGUGUUUGUGUUACAGAGCAAGAGGGCUGGACCUGAGGUGUCUGCAUGCCCGUGACAGAAGGCAGAUUGGAAUGGGACACUUGAAAAAUAGUGCAGGUGUUGUUCAUUAUGACCUGAAAGAGACUCCUGUGUUCCUGGUGUUUUUAUGAAACAAAAACAAACAAAAAAAGAUAUUACUUUGAAGACAAUCACAUUUACUAGGACAUGUUUAAGUGAUCGCUUUUGUACUUGUCCAAAGGGCAAGUGAUUUAAGUCAAAUGUCUCCCGACCCACAGCCUCUCUGCAAACUUGCCAAGCUCGCCCUUGCUCUUCAACUGUUGUUCUGUGAUUUUUCGAGUGAUUGCAUCCGGCUUGUUCUCCCCUCUCAUGGUGACAAACUCAGGCCUCGACUGCCUAUCAGACAAGAUUGGCUCCCUCAUUUGUGUUGUGAAACUUCACCUGAGAUGCAGGGCACUUUCCAGAAGAGGGCCGAUGGUGCAGGUAAUGUGACACUCGAAGCACCUGCCGUCGUUCAGGCACAAGUAGCCCUUUUUUUGCUCCUCCGACCCUACACACUGUAAUAUGCCAACAUCGCCAUGCAUCCAAAUCCAAAUCCAGCAGAUUUUACUGAUUGUUAAGGCUCAUAACGAAACGUGUAAACCACAUUACCUGCAGUAUUUGUACUUGUGUAUCUUUGCUGUCUGAAGUGUGUCAUGUUUUUUGUCACUAAUAGUUUUAGGCUAGUCUGAAGGUGUCCGUCAGAAAAUGAUAUCGAUACAGACCUCACUAUUAUCGAUUUCCUCUUCGCUUUACGUUUGCAUGUACAAUCCUUGCUCUGUUGACCAUCGCCCGUCAACCUGUAGUCUCCCGACCGGACUGCGUUGUUUUUGAGUUCGUUUAAAGCCCUCAGGACCUGCCACAGAAAAUUUCACGCGUUAUUUAGGAGCGAUCGCUUUCCUGACCGGAGAUUUGUGGGAUACUGGAGAGCCCUGUUCAUGUUUUGAAAUCAACCUGCCGUGUGGCUCUUUACAGCAGCGUUGAGAAGAUGAAAAUCACGUCAAGGCACAUUUGCUUAAUGGUCCGCAAUAAAAGAGCCCUCUUUAUUUUAACCCUAGGACCAACUGACAUGAAAUCGCUUGCUCUUUGCUGCACUGACAAGGACUUUUUGCAUAGAGCGUACCUUGCUUUUGAAUGCUGGGUGUAGCGUAAUACUGAGAGAAAGGAGGUGACUAAAACACUUAGAUACACUAAUAGCCUUAUUUUGGAGGAAUGUUAACUGCUGCGUUUGAAAUUCUACUACUAUGAAGUCGUGCGAAGUUUAAAAUCACACAUUCAGACUGUCCUUCAAAUAAAACAUCAACCUGGAUGCAGGAACCAAACAGUAACUGCAUCCUUCUCAAUCACGUGUAGCGCCCUUAAGCAGCUGUACUUGGCAUACGACAGUCUAUAUUUUAAGACGUUUAGUUGAAAGUGUCUGCUAACUUUACAAACCACAGUGUCAUUUUAUUAUAUCAGCGAUAUUAUGGAAUGUUUUUGUGCAAUAUAAUUAAUUUAGGGCUAUCAGUGAUUACAAUCAUCUCUUUUGAAGAGCACAAAACUAAUGCACAAGAUCUGGACCAGAAUAGCGGAACCCAAAUUAGAAAUAUGUCCGGUCUUUGACCUUUAGCGGGGUAUUUCUCAGUGAGAAAAGCAGCACUUGAAUUUGACCAAAUUUUAGAGUGCAGUGCUGAUUUAGAAAAGCCAUAAAAUGCGGUUUAAAAGGGAAGGAGUGGAUCUGUUUCUCAUAGCUUGAAAGUUUACGCACACCUUGGUCUUCAGUAGUUUUUAGUCAUCUUAAUGGGCUUUAUUUUAAUUAUUCAUCAGAGUGUAAGUGCUAAUAGACUUGGAAAAGUGAAAUGAUCAUAUGACAAUCCUUUUUUUGUAUUUCAGUAUUAUAAACUCUCAAAGUAUUUACACUAGUCAUUGAGAUGUAUUGGCCUUUGACCCCUAAGGCCCUUAAUAUAAUGGAACAGUUUGUCGUAUGUCCUUCAUAAAAACACACACAUUUAAACCUCAAAAUCAGAAAGAAAAAGAAAUUAUGGUUUACGUCCAAUAAUAUUUGGAGUUCUGACAUUAAUUAAUCAUGAAACAUUAUCAUUAUUAUAAUGGAAAACAAAAUUCCCAUUACUGUAAUCUGUUCAGACAUUUUACAUUUAUUUUUCUUUUAGUGAUUCCCAUUAUUUUCAGCAGUGAUUCAUUAGUUAUUUUCUCAUUACUGUAUAUUCUAAAAUAAAACUAUUUACUUGAAUAUCAUUUUAAAAAAUGCAUUUCUUUGAGCAAAAUUUUUCUGCCUUUUGAUUUUGGGGUCAAAUAUGACAGGUUUUGAGAGAUUCACCCUAAAACGUUUGUAAUGGUUAAGGAAUCAGGUCAAACUUUCUUCGUGUUCAUGACAUUUCAGCCUGAUUCUUCACUGAGUCCUGUCCACUAUCAGCUAUGUAGUUUGUUACAUAGCCAUGUGUUCCCUCAUUACAUAAGCAAUUGUCAGAUUCUCAGACGCUAAUAGGGUUUAAAUUGGCGAAACCGUAUUACCUAACCUAGAAAUCCAAUUAAAUUGCCCAUGAUUUUGAUUUUGAAUUGAUUUUGUGAGUCUGUUCCCAUUGCCUGAUUCUGCAAGGAAGGAAAACGGUGACAGAAGCGUUAUCCACUUUACCCCAGACAGACUGUUCAGCGUCUGUGUUUUUUGUUUGACUGCGACGCUGUGCACAUUGUUCUUAAGCUAAGCUUCAUUGCCCAAAUCUGCUUUGGCUUCCUGCAUCCUGUUCUUGCUCUUUUCUUUCCAUCUCAUGUUUUUGUUUGGAUACUGUUGAAGUGUUCACGAGCCUUGUUCACCCAGCCUCAGUGUUUGUCAUACAAAGAGCUUUGAGAGCUUUUAUCUGGUCAUUUGCGCACUUUGAAAAGAAUUCAGAAGCACAAACGCUUACGUCGUUCAUUAACUCAAGCAGGAUCUCACCUCGUUCGCUCACUGCCGAGUGAACAUCUGGCAUCGAUCCACCCUCGGUGUGAACUUUAAUACCAUACUGUGGUGUUCACCCUCGAUCAUGGUUUGUCUGGAUGUCGACUGCAGAAGGAGGGUCAGUUUUCGGUUGGAAAUAUUUGGUAUGUAUUGCCAAUCUGUUUGUGGUAGUGAUGUGUUUGGAUCUCUUGUUUGCCAAAGAGAGAAAGUUUAAUUUUGCAACUUUUAAGGCAGCAGGUAAUUGGCGUCCUUCCCAAGUGAAGGGUAACGUAAGUCGGAAGGAUCGGACUGAACGGAAAGCGUAAAGGGAGCGCUAGAGAAUAUGAGCUGGACAGGUGAUGAGCUCUCUCUCUCUUCCUCUUUUUCUCAAAAAAGGAAAAACAUUGCUCCUUUGAUUUUGUGUUUGUGUUGUGUGAAAGUUUUAACUGUUUAAAGACAACUCGGUUUUCGUAAAACAAAAGAAAAAAAAAGAACUAAAAACAAGUGGGGAUGCAUCUGCCGGAGAGAUUACUGUAAUCAAGGAAGAAGCCUUGUUACAUUUAUGGGAGAAAACUGCCAACAAGUUCUGGUAUUUGGAGCCUAUUUUAUUCAUUGUUGGUGUGUCGUUGUGCUUAUUGUAAAUAUGUGUCUUUUCGAUUGUCCUUUUUUCCUCUGGGGUGGUGAGGGAUCAAGGCAAGGGCUUGAGUUCACCUGCGAAAGAAAAGAGGGAGAUGAAUACAGAGUAUUUUGUUAUUGUCCAAUCCAAGGGUGACACAUUAUGUAUAUAUCUAUAUUGUAUAUAUGUGAUGAAAAUGCGUUGGCUUUUUGUGUGACACUACCUUUUACCUGUACUAUGGUUCAACAUUCAGUGUUUCAGUGUUUAUAUUCUAUUUUAAUCUUUGUUUUCUGUUUGAUUUUGUCCUGGUCAUUACUUGUAUUUGUUGUUUCCUUUAUUUUCCCCUUUUUGUCCAUUUUGUUAUUGCACGGUUUAUUACUUUUGCUGUCCAAUAAGAUGACACUGCUUCUCUUUGUAUUGGUUUUAGUGCUGUAAAAUAACUCUGAAGUGUCAUUAGGAUUGUCCAUACCACCCCUUCCCCCGAUAUGCAUGAAUGGCACUUAAAGAAAUAAAAUAUGUUAACUUCA